AUGGCAUCUUGGGCAGCUAUUAGUCAAUCAUAUGCUCGGUACGUAGGUAUACCUCAAUUUUGUCUUGGUAUUUUGGGCAAUCUAAUGAAUAUAUGGAUAUUCAUUCAUGAAUUAGCUCAUCGUCGAACUCCCUGUACAUUGUAUUUGUUGAUGGCUUCUGCAACUGGUUUAAUACAGCUGAUGAGUGGUCAGAUUCCACGUUUUCUCAUUCUUGGUUUCAAUGAUGAUUUAACUCGAGUGUCGUUAGUCUGGUGCAAAUGUCGUCAGUUUCUUAUUGCCACAUUUGGUGGAAUAGCAUUGACGUUUCAAUGUCUUGCUACCAUUGAUCAGUUCUUAGUUACAUCUCGCAGUGCUCACAUACGACAAUUCAGUCAAAUCAAAUGGGCUUAUCGUAUUUCAAUCGGUGUCUUCGCCGUAUGGAUUUCUCAAGGCAUUCCAUUUUUAGUAUUCAAUCAAAUACAAUCAGGUACAUGUAUCAUUGGUAAUUGGAUUUUGAAUAUGUAUUGGUCGUAUGUUUACUUUCUUGGCCUUCUCACGGCUAUAUCUAUUACUGUAAUGGUAACGUUUGGUGUUCUUGCAUAUCACAAUAUGCGUCUGUUAAAAAAUACUGCACGAUUAUAUAGUGCUGAUCAACAGUUGACUACAAUGAUUUGUAUGCAAGUGAUUAUUGUUGUAUUUAGCAUAGCAGCGUAUGGUGGUUAUAAUGUUUAUUCAUUAGCAACAGCGAGUACACUCAAAGAUGCAGAACAAAAAGGAAAAGAUUUAGUUGCUUUCACAGUGACAAGUCUUUCGGCUUUUUUGAAUUAUGGUAGCAGUUUCUAUAUAUUUUUCGCUUCGUCAAGUCAUUUUCGUCAACAAACGAAAAAGUAUCUUUGUUGCUGCUGUAAAUUUCAGCAAGUAGCAUCAAUAGAAGUGGCCACUACACACAUAACACGUCGAUAA